AUGGCUACAUGUAGCGUCCAAGCAGCAUACUUCCUUGAGGCUUUACCCUACCUCAGAUACUUCUCCGGGCUCAAGGUUCUGAACUUGAAGUUUACCGACUAUGCAGAUGACGGCGACGAGAACGCUGAACCGAAUAACUCCACAAGUUAUCGUUUCUAUGAUAUCUAUAGCUUUCGGCGCUUUGUCAUUCUUGUUGCCUUUUACUGCAUACACGGAGGUAGCCAAGAUGAUCGAGAUCUGGUUCAAUUGUCGAAGAGCCUAGGGACAUCGGAAGACUUUGCCUGGAUGGGAGACCUGAAAACCCCUGACAUGUCUUGGAGCAUAGAGAACAGGUUGAUUGGUGGCGGAUUUCCUAGGAUCCAGCUAGAGGAGUUGGCCAUUUUCAAUCUAGCUGAGGAUAUCAACGAGGGUCAAGAUCAUGGCACGGAAGACCCAUUACAUCGGAAGCACCUGGCGGACUGGCCCAUCUUCCAGCAAGUGAUGGCCCUUCCAACACUCAAAAGUGUAAAGUUGAUGGUAGCACCCGAUGACCCGGAUAACUCGUUGUGGGACAACUUGGAGGACGAGCCGACAGAGUACAACUAUCAGUGGCAAGACCUCUAUCUCCGCGAACUCACGUCAUGGUUCAAACCACAGCUCGCCUGUAACCUGACAACUUUAUCUCUUUACUACGAUGAUAUCUGGGGCUACCAGCCCAAGUUCGACUUCCGUCUCAUCAAUCCUGGCAGCGGACCAGGUUCUGGAUUUCCGCACUUGAAGGUCCUAGGUCUGGGAAGAUACUGCUUCAGUCACGAGUGGCAGCUAGACUGGUUUGCUUCUCUCGGAGACCAGAGCUCAGCUGGCGGGAUAGAGGAACUAUACCUCGAUGAAUGCGUGGUGGUAUCGAAAGCAUACUGUACAAUCCCUCAAUGGGAGAUUUGGGAUCUGGACCGAGACCGCAACUAUACUAUCGUUACUGUUCAAGACGCCGACGGCAACGACGUUGAAGUCUCGAAUCGUGGGUAUUUGCCAGCCACGUGGGACAUCGACCUUGUCGACGACACUUGGACUGAGUUUUACCACUCUAGCAUGUCCUGGCAUGAGCUGCUCGACCACUGGAGCAGCAACAUGACGGCGCUGAAGAUAUUCAAGAUGGGAACGACGGCCUCUCUUGCGUCUUGGUCCAGAAUCAAUCUGGCAACUCACAUAGCGGUCGAUAAAAUCACCGAAGCUGCUGUCGCUCCUGGGGGCAAGACCAGCAUCAUGAGCACGGAUAUCCAUACGAAGUUCGAUGAUGUCGAAUUCCGCAAAGAGGUUGGAAUCAUGGAGUUGACAUUGCCGUUUUACGUCAACUAUUCACCGAAACCGAGCGGGAUGCCCAACUGGGUCGCUCGUCCUUGGUUCUUCAUACCGCCCUACAUGCCCAAGGGUCAGGGUGGUCAAAAUUUUGUUGAGUUUCGCGACUUCAAGUUGGUGAAGCCUAGAGGUGGAAGAGAAAAGAAAUCCUACGCUGGUCGUUGAAGGUACCAGACUUGUCGGAUUCCGCUUAGUCUUCAACAAUGAUAAUGGAAACUCUUGCGAAAUUCUGUCGCAAAGCUCGCGGCUUCGCUGUGUACAUCGUGCCGUCGAGAUCUACGCACUCAAUGAGUCGUGAAAUGUCGUAUCUUUGGCUAUCAGCAGGGGUUGUCUUCCCAGCGCCGUAAUCAACGCGAGUCGCUGGUGGGUGGAUGUCGGCGCCUAGUGCCUCGCUACAAUCUACAGAUACGUGUGAGACCAGAGCGUGCCAUGGAUCCUGGCAAACGACUUCCGCAAACUGGAUCCUAACAUCAUGGCUCCUGUCUCACUGGUCAAGACUCGUCAGCAAAACGCAGUGCAGCAACUGAU